GGUACCGGAGCUAGACAGCGAGCAGCCGCUCUGAUUGGAGUAGCCAAAUCAAAAGCCUCAUGGGGAUUGGCUGCUGCGGCUGGACGUCUGCUUCCUGUUUCCAGCCUUGAGGGAUUCUUGAAGGAUCAUCCUGAGUGUUGGAUCAGCCUGAACACACAUCAACACACACACACACACACACACACACACACAAAACACACAUACAUACAUACACACACUGCCAGACAUCCACAGUUUUGGCAGGAUAACAGCCUCCUGAUUGCUGCUCUGUAAAUCACAUCUGCACUUGCACAAACACACAUCUGUUCUGCAAUACACACAACAAGCCGGGUGCUCAACUGCCGCACUGCGUGGGCGCCCACCCGACUGACCUGUCAGCGAUGACAUCACACAGCCACCAAGAGGGGAUCCUGGGAAAGGAGCAGCCGCUGGAGGUUCUGAAGACAUCGGCGCUCAACCACAUCCCAACAGUGGACAUCAACUCGGCGCUGCCCCUGCGUCUCCCUCCAGCCGCCAUCCCCAUGGACCUGCGCGUGGACCAUCACCAGCAACAGCAGCAGCAGGUGUCCUCGCUCUCCCCGCAGGGUCAGCAGUCACCGGGGUCGCUGGGAGGAACCGGCCAGGCCAGCGGGGGAGGCGUCGUGGCGGCCUCAGUGCGCGAGCAGCAGCUGCAGCAGGAGCUGCUGACCCUGAAGCAGAAGCAGCAGAUCCAGCGGCAGAUCCUCAUCGCCGAGUUCCAGCGGCAGCACGAGCAGCUGUCCCGCCAGCAUGAGGCCCAGCUUCAGGAACACAUUAAGCAGCAACAAGAGCUUCUGGCGUUGAAGCAUCAGCAGGAGCUGCUGGAGCACCAGAGGAAGAUGGAGAAUCACCGUCUGGAGCAGGAGCUGGAGAAACAGCAGAGGGAGCAGAAACUGCAGCUGCUGAAGAACAAGGAGAGGGGACAAGAGAGUGCCGUGGCCAGUACUGAGGUGAAGAUGCGACUUCAGGAGUUUGUCCUGAACAAGAAGAAGGCCCUAGCCCAGCGGAGCCUCAACCAAGGAGGCCUCCCCAAUGAUGCUCCCUACUGGUACCGCAAAACUCAGCACAGCUCUCUGGACCAGAGCUCGCCUCCACAGACUGGUGUGUCCACCUACAACCACCCUGUGCUGGGUGUCUACAACCCCCGGGAUGACUUCCCACUGCGAAAGACUGCCUCGGAGCCCAACCUGAAGCUGCGCUCCAGGCUGAAGCAGAAGGUGAGCGAGCGGAGGAGCAGUCCGCUGCUGCGGCGUCGAGACAGCCCCAUCACCACCGCCAAGAAACGCUCACUCGACAUGGCAGACUCUGCGUGUAGCAGCGCCCCCGGCUCAGGCCCAAGCUCCCCGAAUAACAGCUCCAACAACAUACCCAAUGAGAACGGCAUCACUGUGUCAGUCUCCAACAACACGGAGGCGUCUCUGGCCCAGAGGCUGUGCAGCGGUGCUGAGCGGGGCUCCGUUAACCAGCUGUCCCUCUACACUUCGCCAUCCUUACCCAACAUCACCCUGGGGCUGCCCGCCACUGCCACGGCCACUGCUGCUUCCAAUGUGACGUCAGCCCAGCAGGAUGGAGGCCUGCAGCCGGCCCUCUCCCUGAGCCCUCCUUUCCUCUCGGGUGGCCACUUGACCCCCUACCUGGCCGAAGCCGGAGCGGGAACAGGCGGGCACGGUGCUCACAGUCCUCUGCUUCAACACAUGGUGCUCAUGGAGCAGAGUCCGGCACAGAGCCCCCUGGUGACAGGCGUAAGCGGCCUCUCUAUGUCGCCGGCAGCGUCCAUGGCCAAGCUGCAGCGGCAGCACCGGCCCCUGGGGCGGACCCAGUCGGCCCCUCUGCCCCAGGGGAGCGCAGCACAGGCUCACGCCCAGGCCUUGGCCCUGCAGCAGCUGGUGGUCCAGCAGCAGCACCAGCAGUUCUUGGAGAAGCACAAGCAGCAGUUCCAGCAGCAGCAGCUCCACCUCAACAAGAUGAUGACCAAGCCCAACGAGUCCCCCGUGGGCCGUCAGCACCAGAGCCACCCGGAGGAGACGGAAGAGGAGCUGAGGGAGCACCAGGACGGAGGGGCUCUGCCGCCGGGGGUCACCAUCAAGCAGGAGCCCCCCGACCCGCAGGAGCUGCAGGAGGAGGCGCUGCAGCAGCACAGGGAGCGCGAGCGGGAGAGGCAGGCGGAGCAGGAGCUACUCUUCAGACAGCAGGCCCUGUUGUUGGAGCAGCAGCGCAUCCAUCAACUGAGAAACUAUCAAGCCUCCAUGGAGGCUGCCGGCUUGUCAAUCUCCUUCCCAGGACACCGCCCCCUGUCCAGGGCCCAAUCGUCUCCAGCCUCAGCAUCCUCCUUCCCAAUCAGCGUCCCCGCUAGUGAUCCUCCCGUCAAACCUCGUUUCACCACAGGCCUGGUGUACGACUCUCUCAUGCAGAAGCACCAGUGUAUGUGUGGAAACACCAACAGUCACCCGGAGCACGCAGGCCGGAUUCAGAGCAUUUGGUCUCGGCUGCAGGAGACCGGGCUCAGAGCGCAGUGUGAGUGUAUCCGUGGGAGGAAGGCCACGCUGGAAGAGCUGCAGACGGUUCACUCUGAAGCCCACGUCCUGCUGUAUGGAACCAACCCUCUCCGACAGAAACUUGAUUGUUCAAUCACUCCCAUGUUCGUACGGCUACCGUGUGGAGGUGUGGGGGUGGACAGUGACACCAUUUGGAACGAGGUCCACUCCUCCAGCGCGGCUCGUCUCGCUGUCGGCUCGGUGGUGGAGCUCGUUUUCAAAGUGGCUACUCGAGAGCUGAAGAAUGGUUUCGCUGUGGUUCGCCCUCCUGGUCAUCAUGCAGAGGAAAGCACUCCCAUGGGUUUCUGCUACUUCAACUCUGUGGCCAUCGCAGCCAAGCUUCUGCAGCAGAGACUCAACGUCAACAAGAUCCUCAUCGUGGACUGGGACGUUCACCAUGGCAACGGCACGCAGCAAGCCUUCUACGAUGACCCCAACAUCCUUUACCUGUCUAUUCAUCGCUAUGACGACGGCAACUUCUUCCCUGGAAGCGGAGCACCUGACGAGGUGGGCAGUGGGCCCGGAGUCGGGUUCAACGUCAAUGUUGCCUUCACCGGAGGCCUCGAUCCACCCAUGGGAGAUGCAGAGUACCUUGCUGCCUUCAGGUCGGUGGUGAUGCCCAUAGCCAACGAGUUCGCUCCGGACAUCGUGCUGGUCUCUUCUGGUUUCGAUGCUGUGGAGGGACACCCUCCACCACUGGGCGGUUACACUUUGACGUCCAAGUGUUUUGGCUAUCUGACCAGGCAGCUCAUGACUCUCGCUGGAGGCCGGGUGGUCCUGGCACUGGAGGGGGGUCACGACCUCACCGCCAUCUGCGACGCCUCUGAGGCCUGCGUCGCUGCCCUGCUAGGCCAGGAGCUGGACCCGCUGCCGAAGGCCAUCCUCGAGCAGAGGCCCAACCCCAACGCUGUUCGCUCUCUGGAGAAAGUUUUAGAGACUCACAGUAAGUACUGGCGCUCGGUGCACCGCUACUCACCGCGGCUAGGACUUUCCUUGCUGGAGGCCAAACGAGGAGACUCGGAGGAAGCUGAGGCUGUCAGUGCCAUGGCCUCUCUCUCCGUGGCUAACACCAACGCCAUGGAUCAAAGGCAAGAAGAGGAACCCAUGGAGGAGGAGGAACCACUGUAACGGAGGGAAACACAAGGGUGUCACACUGUUACCAUUGACCUCUCCGGAGAACGCCUCUUUGAGCUGCGAAGAGUCUCGACUGAUCCCUUCAUUUAGUCCCCCUAACCCCACUCACCACGUCAGUCACCUUGAUUGGCGGCCCCUCGGCCAAAAACGAGGGAGAGGGGGUGGGCUCAGCCUCAGAGUAGGGAGCCAAUCAGGAGACGGAGGACUGAAUUGAAAAGAAAAAAUUAAACAUAACAGCAUCGCUCGGCGGCGCUCGCUCAGAGACACUCAUUUUUUUUUCUGUCAGUCUUCGCACCCCCCACGUUAGCCCACAGCGGCUAACCAAGUGACCAAGGCAGCGGGCGAGUGUAUUUGGAGAUUUGGGGCGAGAUCAGGUCUCGUCAUGGAGCAGUGCAGAAUCAUACGGUGCUUUACACAGCUGCCUUCUGACCAUUUAUAGUAUGGACACCAGGGACAGCAGAUGUUCCCAGCUGUCAACAGUGUGGGAGUUUCUUUUCUCUUUUCUCAACUAUUUUUCCCGACAAAACAAAGGGCAUCACGGCAACUGACAUAAUAUUUCACAAGAUGCGUUCACUGUGGACUGCCGAAGUUUGAGUAGGCUUUUUGCAAAGAUUUGAUGAGGAGACUGUCGCCUCGCUGGAGCAGCCUGUCGUUGAAAAAGGUUGAGGAGUGCCUUGGUGAGGGGGUCCGCUGGAUCGUUCAGGAAAAGAUUGCCUUAAGUCAAAAGAUUUUUCUCGCUGAGGAUCGGCGCGAGGGGAGGGAGACGGAGAGUUUCCGGGUCCUUUUUGGGGGGACAAGAAUGACAAAAAUAAAGCAAACAAUCUUUCAGCAUGUUUACUUGGAACGUGACGAAGACAACAUUUAUGUCUCUCACAGCCUCUCUUGAAGAGUUACUUUACUUUUGGAUGGAUCUAUUUUUCUGUAAAAAAGGAAACGCUUUGUAAAGGUAGUUGCCAGCUUCAGUAGAAAAACGGUGCAAACAUGGAGACCUUCAAACAAGGAAAUUAGAUUGAAAAACUCUCAAAAAGGUUUAGCCUUUGAUGUAGCUUCCCUUUAACUGAAGUCAUUGCUUUGUAAACACAUAAAGCAUGCAUUUGAGCAGAGAGACAAGACAUUUUAUCAAGAUUUUUGAAUGUUAUCCAAAAGAGAAAGCCAAGCAAGAAAAGCCAAAGCAUGAGUUUGCAUUUACAGUAGUACUUUCACUCCACUUAGCUGGCAAGUCGACAAACAUUUCUCGUAUUGGCCCUUUCAGAUAAGGCUCCCAGUACCCAGUUCAAUGUUUACUAAUUUAAUCCUUCACAGAUCAAGUGAGCAUUUCUGUACGUGUGCCGAUCGGCCUCUCAUGCUUUGCCGGUUGGCAGCUACCUUGGUUUGCUAGUGUGAGCUAAACAUUAGUCAUGUAUAUUGAAUUGAAUAUAUUUUGAGAGGCAGUAAUCGAGUAUUGCCUGUUUGUAUCUACAUGUAUGAGUUCCACACCAAGUGGUCAAUUUACUAUAUCAGAAAUGUGUUUGGUAAGCGUGUCCACUUUUUAUUUUUUAUUUUAUAAGAUUAUUUUUCUAACUUUUUUCAUCCAUAGAUUUUGUUCUGUGUUUUUAUCCGUUUUCUGGAUAGUUAUAGGGCUGCCAUUCACACACUUAGUACUAUUGUCACCUCUUGUUCAAAACUUUCUUUCUUUCUUGUAUUUAUCAAAAAUAAGGAGCAACUCUUUCUUUCUUUCUUUAUACGGCUCUCUCGGCCUUUCUGCAUUUUCAUCAAUUGUGUAUUUAUAACAUGUACUGUUUAUAGGAGAUUUGUAUAUGGAAAAUUUAUAAAUGUACUCUAACUAAUGACAGCUAUGAUAUUGUGAGCGACAAACAGUAUGGUGUACGAUAUUACUCCAUGAACUUUUAAAAAAAGCAGCAUAUUUAACUCGUCAUCGACUGCACUGUUUUGCCCUCACGUGAAAUCAUUACACGGCACUGCAAUUGACCUUUUGAAACACCUUCAGAGUAAAACAAUUGAUCACUUUGUUGCCUAAUUGAUACAUUUUCCUCUCCUGCAUGGGUGAUAUGCACUUAACCUUCCGACUGUGACAACACAUCCAAAAAGAGGUUUAGAGGCCGUUUUAUGUAGCUAGCUGAGUUUAACUGGGCGGGAAAAGACAUGGAGGGGGGACUUAUGUCGAAAAAGUGGAUUUUUAACUAGUUUUGGAUGGAAAACAUCAGCCGAUUAUUUUAAAAUCUCUUUCUGAGUAUGUGUUGCACUAUCAUGUUUUGACUCUCCAUAACACCAGUGUCUCCUUCUAACUAUCAUGCCUAUUUUAAGUUGAUAUCAUUUUAUAAACUUGUAAAAUUUGAGCUUAAGUUGAUAUUUUUUUCAUGUCUAACAAAACAUUCCACUUGUUACUCAUUUAAUUUGGCUUUUUUUUCAAAUGAAUUUGAGUUUUGUUGGGGUUUUUUUGUAGAAACUUUAAUACUACUCUUUUGUUUUUGCCGUCUGCUCGCGCCAACUUUAACUCUUUGCAUGGUUUGUGAGUCAGCAUGCCUGCUUGUCUAUGUAACAAAAAUGUAUUUGCACAACAGAAGAAGAACACUGGAGGACUUAAAAAUAAUAAAACCUCCCACGGCAACUCCCAAGAGCACCAGGCAGGAUGGGUUUCUUCCUCUCUGGUGUGCAAACAAUUCAAAAGACUUUGUCCAAAUGACUCCACUGAGAAACAUUUGAUAUUGUUCUUAUUGAAUAUCGUUUCCAAUAAGUGAUUUUAACAUGAUUCAGCACUUACAACAUGUAUGGACUGUGCUAAAGAGAAACAUGCUCUGCCAAACCUCUGCUACAUUCACACCUUAAAAAGACUCUCCCAAAGAAUGUUCCUCUUUCAAAAAUCUUUGAACGGGCGCUGUUACGGUAGAGAAAUGACGGCUAUCAGUUUUGGAAAAAGGGCAUCGUCGUUUUGAUUGUCACACCCACCUCGGCCAGUUCUAUAUAUAUAACCACUGUGGCUCAAGAGCAAUUCUCGGUUUACAUGUAAAUGGAUAAAAAGGUUAUUUUUUGUUUGUUGUUUGUCUCUAUUGAUGAAAAAUGUUAUCUUUCUUUGGGACCUACGCUUUGGACAUUUCAUCUCUGACAUCAUCUAUAAAAUAUAUUUCUGAAAAAUA